AAGUCACUCUUUUUUGUGUUAAGAAUGGAGUGACGUGUCAUUCCAAUCAGCAUUUCUCUAGAGAGGGCUCAUCCCAAGCUGGGGUCUCGUUAAGCUUUCUUCUUCCUCCAAAAAGUUCAUCAUACCCGACAGGAAACCCGAACCAGAGAAUCCAAAUUUAGAUCCGAAUGCAAGCCCCCUAAACCAGCAUUUGCGUGGACGUAAGCUUUCUCGUAUGGUCGAUCUAUUCGCAGUUCAUAUUAACCAGAAAUUCCAACUCCGAUUUUGCGUUUCGUAGACCCGAAGCUAAAUUGUAGAAUAAUCUCGUUUCACAACCAUCGGGUUCUUCAGGGAUCAACGGAAUUUUAUGGCCACAGCAACAAUGGCCACUGCAGCUGGUGCUGCUGCACUUUUGUAUUAUACUUUAAAUAGAAAGUUACUAUCUAGUCCUGAAACUGAGGAUGUUGACGAUGAUGAAAAUGGGGGUGAUGUACAUAGCAGUGGUGUUAGAGUAGGAGCUGAAAGGGUUUCACGUAAACUAAUACAAGCCCCGGCGACAUGGUUGGAGACUAUCUCAACUUUGUCUGAGACUCUUAGGUUUACUUACUCUGAGACUUUGGGUAAGUGGCCCAUUGGGGACUUGGCGUUUGGCAUCAGCUUUCUGCUAAAAAGACAGGGAAAUAUACAUGUCAGCAGUAUAUUCGGCAGUGAAGGCUGUACACAACUUAAAGGACCUAAAAUUGCUUCAGAGCUUAGACAUCUAUUGAACUUAUUGACACUUUGUUGGCAUUUUUCUAAGAAGCCAUUUCCACUAUUCUUGGAGGAGACGGGGUAUUCACAAGAAAGUGUUCUUCUGCAAGAACCUAAAGCUGGAAUUCUGAAGCCGGCAUUUACAAUAUUGGUUGACCACAGUUCAAAAUCUUUCCUCCUAUUAAUCCGUGGUACUCAUAGUGUGAAGGAUACAUUGACAGCUGCGACUGGGGCAGUUGUUCCAUUUCAUCAUUCUGUGGUACAUGAGGGGGGAGUAAGCAAUUUGGUUUUAGGUUAUGCACACUGUGGAAUGGUUGCCGCUGCUCGUUGGAUUGCUAAGCUUUCGACUCCCAGCCUUAUAAGUGCACUUGGCAGCUAUCCCGAUUACAAGAUUAAGAUUGUUGGGCAUUCAUUGGGUGGAGGGACUGCUGCUCUUUUAACUUAUGUGCUACGUGAACAAAAGGAACUAUCAAGAGCAACAUGUGUAACAUUUGCUCCAGCGGCUUGUAUGACAUGGGAAUUGGCUGAAUCAGGAACUGAAUUCAUUACCUCAGUUAUAAAUGGAGCUGAUUUGGUGCCCACUUUUUCAGCUGCAUCAGUGGAUGAUUUGCGUGCAGAGGUGACAGCAUCUGCGUGGUUGAAUGAUCUAAGGAAUCAGAUAGAGCACACAAGAAUUCUCAGUACUGUAUAUCGUUCUGCUUCAGCCCUUGGUUCUCGUCUUCCAUCCAUUGCAACUGCCAAAGCCAAGGUGGCUGGUGCUGGAGCUAUUUUACGUCCUGUCUCUAGCGGUACUCAGGUUGUUAUGAGGAGAGCUCAAAGCAUGGCACAUGCAGCACUAUCGGGUCCCGCCAUGCGUUUGUCAUCGUGGUCGUGCGUCGGCCCCCGGCGACGACCCUCAACCACUUUUAAUAACAACUCUAAUAACAACGAACACGAAGCCUCAGAAUCUUCUUCAAGUAGAAAAGCAGCUUCUGAACCUUUGAUUGGAGGGAUCUCAAGCAUCACUGAAGUGGAGGAACUUCCUGUAUCUUCAUGGGAUUCAGGCACUGAAAUAAGCAUACAGAAGAAUUUGGAUGAUGAUGAUGCUGCUGAUGAUGAUUUUGAGGAGAAUGGUGAUGUCAUUGCUGCUCGAGGACAGCAGGACCACAUGACUGAGGUGCAGAUGUGGCAACAGCUGGAGCAGGAGCUGUACGACAAGGACGGAGGUGGGACCGGUACAGUAAAGGAGAUCAGGGAGGAAGAAGCGGCUGCCAUUGCCGAGGUGGGCCAGAGCUCGGCAGAAAGUGAAUCCCCUGUUCCCCACACCAAGGAGGCACACAGAUUCUUCCCUCCUGGAAGGAUAAUGCACAUAGUGACCCUCGCGCCCGACGAUCAACCGCACAGUGAUGAUGCGAGCAAUGCGUCAGAGGGCGGCGACGAAGAAGAAGACGGAGGGGAAGAUGUAGGUGGGCCCCAGGAUUCGGGACUUGGGAUAUUUCUCACCCCCAGGACAUUGUAUAGCAAAAUAAGGCUGUCCCAGACCAUGAUCAGUGACCAUUUCAUGCCUGUUUAUAGACGGCAAAUUGAGAAGCUGAUUAAAAAGCUUGAUGGAGACAACGACGACGAUGAUGCGAAAAAGGAGAGUUCUGGAAAAAACAUGGGAUGUUCUUCCCCCGAAACGAUACACAAACUUUUAUGAGGAUGGAGACAUUAAUUAUAGAGGUUUUGGAACUUUGUAUAUACACACAGAUAGGAGUAAUUAGACACUUCACUCAUAUUUUUUUAGUUGGUGAUUUGAUUAAAGUAUAAAGUAUUUGAGGUGUAAUAAGUUAUGUUUGUUCACUUGAACAGAACAUGGUAUUGAUUGAUUGAAUAAACCCGAAACGGGAUUUAGAUUUGAGUGGCAAUUAUGAUUGGG